UUUCGUCUCGCCGCAAUCAGAGGGCCAUGGAUUUGAGAAAGCAAGAGGAGGUGCCUAUGCGGCUGGUUUCGGCAGUGGAAUAUCUGUUACAUUGCCAUUCCGAUCAGCUCCGUUCAAUCACUCUCUCUCCUGACGCUAAACUUCACUAUGCUCUUUUCCUAGAUUAUGCCGAGCUGAUGGAUGCUGAUCCUCCUCUAGCCCGCCUCGUUUUCGCCAACCCAAUUGACUAUUUGAGAUUCUUUGACCAAGCCGCAAUUUUGGCUCAUAAAAAAGUAUUGAAAGACAUGGUAUCACAUGAGAAAGGGGUUGAAAAGAAAUUCAUUCAUGUUCGUUUCAAUGUCUGUGGCUCUCCUCUUGAAUUUCCUGAGACAUUUCCAAGAAUUGGGUGUGUGAGGGUGAAACACCGAGGAAUUCUUCUUACUCUCAAGGGGACAGUAAUUCGAUCUGGAGCAGUGAAGAUGUAUGAGGGGGAAAGGACAUAUCAGUGCAAGAAAUGCAAGCACAUGUUUCCUCUUUAUCCUGAACUUGAAACAAGAAACAAGAUAACGCUUCCUUCAGUCUGCCCUUCUCAGAGGUCCAAUCCUUGUGAAGGCUCUAAAUUCAUCUGUGUAGAAAAUACCACCGUCUGUCAUGAUUAUCAGGAAAUAAAAAUUCAAGAAAGCACACAGGUGUUGGGUGUUGGUGUGAUCCCUCGUUCAAUUCUAGUAAUUCUCCAAGAUGAUCUUGUUGACAUUGUUAAAGCUGGAGAUGACGUAAUCGUUACAGGUAUCUUGACUGCUAAGUGGUCUCCUGAUUUAAAAGAUGUACGCUGUGAUCUUGAUCCCAUAUUAAUUGCCAACCAUGUGAGGAGAACUAAUGAGUUGAAAUUAGACAUUGAUAUUCCUGACGAUGUUUGUAUGAAAUUCAAGCAAUUCUGGUUAGACUUUAGAGACACCCCAUUGAAAGGUAGAAAUGCUAUUCUACGAGGAAUUUGCCCACAAGUUUUUGGACUCUUCACCGUGAAACUUGCAGUCGCACUGACUCUGAUUGGAGGUGUUCAACAUGUUGAUGCUUCUGGGACAAAAAUUCGAGGAGAGUCUCACUUGCUUCUUGUCGGUGACCCAGGUACGGGAAAAUCUCAGUUCUUGAAAUUUGCUGCAAAAUUAAGCAACCGAUCUGUCAUCACAACUGGCCUGGGAAGCACUAGUGCUGGACUGACUGUUGCUGCUGUCAAGGAUGGUGGGGAGUGGAUGUUAGAAGCUGGGGCCCUUGUUCUAGCAGAUGGAGGUCUUUGUUGUAUUGAUGAAUUUGAUAGUAUGAGAGAACAUGAUAGGGCAACUAUACACGAAGCAAUGGAGCAGCAGACUAUAAGUGUUGCAAAGGCUGGCCUUGUUACUACUCUUAGUACCAGGACAAUUGUUUUUGGUGCAACAAAUCCCAAAGGACACUAUGAUCCUGAUCAACCUCUCUCCGUCAAUACGGCACUUUCUGGUCCCUUACUAAGUAGAUUCGAUAUUGUCCUUGUCCUCUUGGAUACAAAGAAUCCUGAAUGGGAUGCAGUUGUAUCAUCACACAUUCUGGGUGAGGGAGAAUACAAAAAUGGCAAGCAGGAUGAAGAUCUAGCAAAUAUCUGGCCACUUUCUAACCUUCGGUGGUAUAUUGGCUACGUAAAAAAACACUUUAAACCAAUGCUUACAAAAGAGGCCGAAAUGGUUAUCUCAAGUUAUUAUCAACUCCAAAGGAGAUCAGCCACACAUAACGCAGCAAGAACAACGGUGCGCAUGCUUGAAAGCUUGAUACGCCUUGCUCAAGCACAUGCAAGGCUUAUGUUCAGAAAUGAGGUUACCAGAUUAGAUGCCAUAGCAGCUAUUUUAUGCAUUGAAUCAUCCAUGACUAUCUCUGCCAUUAUAGACAGCAUAGGGAACGCCAUGCACUCUAAUUUCACCGAGAACCCUGAUCAGGAAUAUGCCAAGCAAGAAAAAAUAAUUCUUGAAAAGUUAAGUUUGGUCGAUGAGUCCCAGGAAUCAAAUGGCUUGGGAGGUUUCUGCUGAUGGAAAAUCUGCAAGAAUAUGGAAGCAUCCUUGUUGCUUUUCGGAUUGCAGGUACAGCCAUAAGCUGUUCUUAUAGAAAAUUUACCAUCUUACGCUUUGCUAGUACCUAAAUGCUAGCCUGGAAGUAGAUGUUGUGAAAGUUUAGAAGAAAAACCUUUUGAACUGAAACUUAUUUCAAAACCCUAGUUCCAGC